GGGCGGAUAUUUGCAGGAACAGCUGUUCGAUGAGAUAUGUUUAUCUCCGCGAAUGCACGAUCGGGAUCAUCGGGAUGCACUGUAGUCGUUCUAUCGUUCGCCGAAGACUCGCGAGAUAACGAGUGGCGGUAAUGUGAUCCUGCGGGAUGCAGCAGGCCGAUUGAGUCGCAAAUCAAUGAGAUAGAAAAAUUCGUUCGUUGGUGCUGUGAGCGCGAGUGAGUACGGGUUAUACAUGUAUCUUGAUGGUUUGCGCCCAAACAAAGUCAUGGCACAGUGCAAGUUAACCCCACGGGAGUUCAUCGGCAACACCUUCUCCCCGCAGAUCGCCGUGGUCUGCUCGGCCGCGGCUGACGCUGCGUGCCAAAAGAAUAAUCUGUCAUUCGUCGAGCUGCUACAGCCUUUUUGCAAAUUGAAUACCGAGGGUCAUUUCAAGGAUCCUCAGGGAAACACUAUAGCGAUCAGGAACCUCCGGCUUUCCAUACAAGAUAUCAAUGCACGACCACCGGAACCGAGUCUUGCCAAAAAGAUGUUGAACGAGGCGGUCAGUUCUGCAUUGUGCGAACGAACAACUAGUGUUCGUAUCGGUACAACUGAACUCGAUAUUCCUAUAUCUGUCCCUUGGUUCGAGGCGUGGAGAGAGACAUUCCUAAGUGUCCAGUUUCCAUCGGAUCACGAAUUUACAAAACACUUACUCGCUUGCAUGAUAGUUGUUUCCACAGCCGAGGACAAUCCAUUAGAAAAGAUUCAGAAUAUGGGUGCACAAUUGCAUCAAAGUAUACCAGGGAAAUUACCCAAAUGGUUUAACAACAAUUCUCUUAGAUAUUAUAUUUUAGUCCAUGAUGCUAUCCAGGAUGAUAGAAAUAAAGCGGAAAUAGUAUUUACAGAGAUGAAGACUAUUUAUGGUGCUAACAAUUGUUUUCUAUUGCAAAUGAACUCGAGACCGCCAGGUAUCUCGGAUGACAAUUCGCAUUUACCUGAUCCCUGGAGUCAGUUUCUAAUUAAGCACUCAGAAUUGUCUGGCAGCAGCGAACAAAACAGUUCUCCUCGUACACCCGCGGAUACAGGUGGAGUAUCUGCCAUGCCGAGUGAGCUGACUACAGAAUCCGACAAAGUGAGCCAAGCCGGCACGCCGCUGAUGCCGCAAAACUGCGCGUUGCCAUCCCCGGACUUGGCUGAUACGAUUAGUCUCUCUUCCGAAAUAUCCGAAUCGACGAAUAUGCAUCUAGAAGUCGGACAGGAAGCUGUUCCGGUCACGAUUCAUCCGCUCAGUCCGGACAACGAGAAAUCGCAGAGUUUUAUUGCCGCAGCCAACGUCAAGAGUCAAUCUGUCGUUACCAGUUCGCCGAUAAACACGAAUGUUUGGGCGGAUUCUCCGAAUUACGUUGUUGCUCAACACGGUGCUCGUCUCUCUACUCAAGAUCUAGAAAGAUUGCGGACGUUGAUAACAGAAUUCUGUUUACGAAGUCUGUUACCUUACGUAGAGAAGCAGAUUGGCCUAUUGAACGACGUGAUCUCGAAUAAAAAGGGGGUCAGUAGAUCGCUAUUCAGCGCCACGAGAAGGUGGUUUGGUACAAAUAAGCCUGGUGCACCAGGUUCUGCGCCGUCAAACGCUGUAAUUUAUACAGCGGAGUCGCCGGAAUUGCAGCUACGACGUUUAGGUGACCUGUGCUUCAUGUUCGGCCACUAUUCGCUCGCCUACCAAGCAUAUCACAGCGCGAAGCGUGACUUCGCGGCGGAUCAAGCUUGGGUAUAUUAUGCAGGCGCUCUAGAGAUGGCCGCUCUGAGCGCUUUUAUGCAGGGCGAGACGAAUAGGAAAACCAUCGAAUACAUGGACGACGCAAUCUUAACUUACGCGAAUAGCUGCAAGAUGCCUCAGUUCGCGACGAGAGCUACGCUGCUCAGCGCUGAGUGUCUGAAGGGUCGAGGACUGUAUGGGGAAGCCGCGAAACAGCUGAUACGAAUGACCAGUGAGGAUUCAGACUUACGCUCGGCUUUGCUGCUCGAGCAGGCCGCCUACUGCUUCAUCGGCCCGAAGAUGAUGCGUAAAUAUGCCUUCCAUGCGGUCCUCGCCGGACACAGAUUCUCCAAAGCCGGUCAGAGGAAGCAUUCGCUGAGAUGCUAUCAGCAAGCGUAUCAGGUAUACCACCAAAGAGGUUGGUCCUUGGCCGAGGAUCAUAUCCAUUUCACUAUCGGCAGGCAGGCUGCGUCCCUGAAGCAAGUUUCCGAGGCGGUGAAAGCGUUUGAGAAGUUACUUAAUGCCUCCAGCAAGCAGUCCGCUCCGCAGCAGGCGGCGUUUCUACGCGAGUUUUUGCAUACUCACAACUUACUGUUGCAGGAGAACGGCAUGCCUUGCAAAGGACUUCCUAUUUUACCUCUACCAUUGUUAGAUAGCGACAAUAUUAAAGUGCUGUACGGCCCGUUGGGCGAACAAACCAAAAGCAAUAUUCCAGCGAGCCAUGUUACGUUCAGCGUCGAGGAGACGGAUGACGCAAAGUGGGCGAAGAUGGAAGAGCUGCUGAUUACCGAAGCGCAGGGCUCGCCGCCGAUGAUAUUUAAGCCGACGGUCGCCCUGUACUCCAGAACGAGCAACAACAGCGUGAAACCGAAUGCGGUUCUGGGCGAGCCGGUGCAUUACUCCAUCGAGCUGCAUAAUCCGCUACAUGUGCCACUGCCGUUGUCGGACGUGACGUUGCUAUGGUCGUUCGCUCGCGACGACCACGAUUUCGUGACGAAUGAGGCGACGAUGAACGACAACCCGGUCGACGCGGACGUCAUCGACGCGAUUCUCUUGCAACCUACGUGCAGGCAGAACAUCGUGCUGUCUCUCACGCCCAGACGAGUGGGAGAGCUGAAGGUUUUAGGGUUGAGUUACAAAUUGUCCAAUCCGAUACAAGCGACGAAUGACCCGCCGGUCGCAAAUUCGGCCAUCACCAUCGCCGGUAAGAGACUGUUCGAGAUCACGCCGGCGAAAUUGAAGAAUGUCAAGGAGAAGCCCGGCACGAAUAUGUAUGGCAAGGACUACCGGCUGGAGAUGAACGUAAUCGAGAAGGCACCAUUCAUGCAGAUACUCUUCACGAAGUUGUCGCCGGAGAUGCUGUGCGGUGAAAUACAGAAGGUGAAAGUGACGUUAAGGAACAUAGGUAACGCGCCACUGACGAACAUUUAUAUCGCGUGCACAGACGCUAAGCUCUUCACGUUGGAAAAUGCGGACGUCGAUAAAAGCGAAGAUUCAACAAUAAAGAAGAACAGCAGAUCGGCCACAAAGAUAUUAUUACCAGUCGUCAAGAACGGCGUAUUAAAUGUCGCUAAGACUCACGAAAUGCCGCUUUGGGUGCAGGCACCUCACGAGAAGGGCACUCACAAAUUAGACCUGCUCUUCUAUUACGAGAGCGUCGAGACGAAGGCUGCGCUGAAGCAUCGCUUGUGUCGGCACACCUGGCAGCUGACGGUGCUCGACUCGAUACAGAUCAGCGCGGUUGCCUCCAGAAGUGGAUUGUUCAAGGACGACUCGCCGACGUUGAAUCUGAUAAUGUCGGUGAAGAACACGAAUCAGGUGCACGAUCCAUCCAUAAACGAGAUCAUGCUGUCCAAAGUGUCGCUCCAGAGCGCUUCGUGGUUCGCGUUUCGCUCUUCCGUUCUACUGUCUAGUAUAAAAGUGCAGCCUCAAGAAGUAUUUCACUUGAUGCUGAAGCUGAAGAAGAAGACCGACAGUGAGUCGGCCAUCUCCGACGUGUCUUUGACCGCCGAUGAUGGCGAUGCGACAUCGAUCGACGAUUACCCGUUCAUUAAUUUUGUACAGAGGCGUCACAUUCAACCGUUGGACGUAAACGAGAGCGCGAGCGACGUGCAGCAAUUCCAGUCGCAACAGAACAUUGAACACAGCCCGAUAUCGAACACCAUGGCGUUGAAUUCGACGUUGAUCGUCAGAUGGUGCGCCAACGUGACGGAAAGUGGUGUGGUCACUCGAAAGGCCUUCGGACAGCAUCAUCUUGAGUUGGAACAUGUAAACAAAACGUACAAACAUCCCAAAGAGCCGCGCAUCGCUCGCAGUGAGUACGGUUCUCGCUUGAAGAUCUUUGGACCGGAACGAAAUGUACCGAAUGUGGUGACGAUUCCCGUCAAGGAUCCCACGUGGGAAGCGGAAUGCUUGAAGAGUCUAAUCACUUUCUCUCUGAGCCACGCGAGGCAGCUCGUGCAUAAUUUCCAACAGAAUCGACUGUGCAUUAUCUCCGUAACAAUGUACUUGCAGAAUCACUCGGAGUUGCCAGUCGACGUUAAAAUAAGUACGAUAGGUACUAGCAGCGAAACUCAUCUUCCAAAUAUUAAGUCCCAGCUGUACUCGCCGCAAGCUUCGCCGUAUUAUAGGUACGCAGGCCACUCGUCAAUUCACGCCACCGUUCAAGCGCACGCGAGUAACAACGUGAAGCUGCACGCUGUGCUGCCGACUGCGGGAACGUACGACUUAGCAGCGCGGAUCGAGGUUUCCGUGAGAGUUGUAAAUAGCAGGGAGUACGUCGUCCAGAAGGGCAAGAUGGAGAGCAUAUGUAUAGUCAACAGCGGCAGUGCAUAGAUAACAUUUCGUGACGUUGUCGAAGUUAGAAAUCGCUAGCGGUUGUAUACGGAGGUACUAUUUUUAGCGUGAUUCAGAAGCAUUCCUCGUCGAUGUACGUGUACAUACAUACCGUCAUACGUUUGGAGAUUGUUACAUUAUAUUACAACAGAUAUUUUAAUAA